CACGCACGCCGGCACGCGUACGUAUUGCGAACCCAAAAUUGCUCAGAUAAGAGUGACAGAGUCGAUCUAAUCGGGUAAAGCUCAGAAUUCGCCCACGUAGUAACUCGUGGAAACCCUAGAACCUGCAGACGUCAUCUGAAUAUCCGAUCUGAAGAAAAACUAUGGCAGACAGAGUAAUAGCGUCAUCAGAAGAUGGCCAGGUGGCAUCCGCCGCCGCCGCCGCUGCCAUCACCUCCGACUCAGCCGCCGCAGACAGCCACAAGAGGAAGCUCGACGAUUUGGAGCUCAGCAACGCGGCGGAACCAGUCGCUGAGGCCGAGGAUGACAACCCCGAGACGUUAAAUGAUGGGACGCAAGCAGAGGAGAGUGAGGGAGCGGAAUCGAAGCGGCCCCGUUUGGAGAGUAAUGGAGACAACGUCACUGAAGCUGAAGACGAGGCCGAGAAAGAGGGCAAUGUCCAAGUUUCACAGAAUGGACACCAAGAGGAGGAGAAGAGAGAUGAGCCUGCAGAGGUGGAACCUGAGAAUCUAGAGUCUGCACUUGCUAAUGUAGAACCUCUGGAGAAUCAAGAACCUCCAAAAGAACCUAAUGAUCAAGAACCUUCUGCAGCUCCUGUUGAGACAAUUGUUCAAGAACCAACUCCUGAUGAGAAUGAGAAAACUGAGCUUGGCAGUUACGAUGAACUAGGACAACCGAAUGCUGAAAAUGAAGAACCUUCUGAACUUCCUAGAGAGGGGGACGUUCCAGUUCACUCUGCUGAAAGGGGAUCAAACUCAGGCAGGCAAAUACUGUCUCGCAAAAUGGAAGUUCCCAGCGACAAGGUUGGGGUUCUCAUUGGCAAGGCAGGUGAUACUAUUAGGUCCCUCCAGGACAACUCAGGUGCCAAAAUUCAGAUUAUGAGGGAUGCUGACGCAGAUCCUCGGUCGACCUCAAGACCUGUGGAACUAGUUGGAACUUUGGAAGAUAUCAACAAAGCAGAGAAGUUGAUAAAGGGUGUAAUUGCUGAGGCUGAUGCUGGAGGUUCACCUUCCCUUGUUGCUCGUGGAUUCAACACUGUACAGGCUGCAAGCGGUGGCGAACAAGUUGAAAUUCAAGUACCUAUAGAGAAGGUUGGCUUAAUCAUUGGGAAGGGUGGAGAAACAAUUAGGAACUUGCAGACCAGAUCAAGGGCACGCAUUCAGUUGAUACAACAAAACCUCUCUGAUGGAGAACAACCUAAGGAGAGAAUUGUACGCAUCAGUGGUUAUAGAAGACAGAUUGAUACUGCAAGGGAAAUGAUCAAAGAUGUCAUGAAUCAGUUCGCAUUGCCUUCUUGGUGUAUCAAUAGACAACCACUAUCCCUUGCGUCAUCAGAAGAGAGGUUUCAAGCAUUAAACCUCAUCAUUCCGGGAUUUGCUAUCCACCGACAUCCGUCACUGAACAGUCUAUCAUGUGUAGCGACUGUAAGGCCUUCACCUGUGUCUGGCGGAUACAGCCAGCAGGGGUAUCGUCCUCCACAUGGGCCCACUGCUCCACAAUGGGGGCCUCGUGGUGGUUCUCAAUACUCUGGUUAUGAUUAUCCGCAGAGAGGAGCAUAUCCUCCUCAAAACUCGCAAUAUCCACCUCCAUCGUAUGGUAGUUAUCAUCCUCCUCCAAGAAGCAACUUUGGCCCAAGUUGGGAUCAAAGGCCUCCAACAUCAAUGCACGGACCCUCACCUCAGGGCAAUUACAACUACGGGCAGCAGGUGGGCCCAGAUUAUGGACAUCCACCUCCAUACUCUCAACCAUACAGUCAUGGGUACGAGGCCAAGUAUGAGAAGCAUGCUCCACCACAACACUAUGGGCCUCAGCCCACUCCAUACUCUCAGCAGUCGCAAUAUGGUAAGCCACCCAUGUACGGCAUGAUGCAUCAGCCACCACAUUCUCAACCCUAUGGCCAGCCCAGGCCCAGUCAGCCCGGUGAAGGCCCGUAUCACGGUCAGAACAUACAGCAGUCUUACCCUUACCCAUCCAGUGGACCCACACAACAAACCUGUUACGGCUCUGCACCAACCAGCGAUGGGUAUGGCCACCCCCACACCACGGCUGCAGCCGGUUCUGGGUAUGGGCCGCCCGUUGCAUACAGUCAACCUGGAGCCCAGCAGCAACAGCCAGCGUAUCCUCAGGCGGGGCCCACGGGAGGCUAUGGCUCGUAUCAGGCUCCUCAGCCCGGGGGUUAUGCUGAGCAACCACCAGCUGCUGCUGCCACCAACAAUGCUGCUGGGUACGGCUAUCAUCAGGGGCAGCCCGAUCCAGCUGCUUAUCAGGGCCCAACUGCUGCUUAUCCUGCGACAGGUGUGGGUCAGGCUGGCUAUGCCCAGCCCCAGCCCCAGCCCCAGCCCCAGCCCGGGUAUGAUCAGUCAGCAGGGUAUGGGAAUGUGCCUGCACAGGCACCACCGCAAUAUGAUGCUACUACUCAAAUGUAUGGUGGGAAUCGUUAAACAGGUGUCUUCCUAGUGAGACUGAUUUUGUUGGAAAGUGUUCUCCUUGGACCGUCUGUUAGUUACAACUUGUAAUCGAUUGUCUUUCUGAUUAAUUUCUACCAGGAGUACCUGUGACACCGUACGGCAUAAUCGAACACCUUUAACUUUUCAUCAACUUAUAUUUUGUCCAUCUCCCUCUCGAUCCACCCUCAUUUACUGAUGGAUUCUGCCAUUUCGUUUGAGUGAAAUGUUGGUUGGAAAGAUCCCUUGCUCAAAAGAAUAC